CUUCCUUUCUAAAGAAAAAGAGAGAGAGGAAAAAAGCCUCUCUCUUCAGACACACACUCCCACCACCACGCGCGCUCACACAACAAAAUGAAGGCUGUGAAGAGAGGCAAGACCAUCCUUGGCCUGGAAAUCAAUCUGAUUCUCUUUUAUGUCGGGGCCGCUGGUGACUGCCUAGUCUCGGUCUCUCAGCCACCAUACCUUGAAGUGGACCACACCCAAGAGGCCAUAACCAUUCAGUGUUCCUUCUCCCACGUGGGGUGCCCUGCAGAGCAACCAAAAAGCCUGUGGUUUCGCUAUGGAGCUCACCAGCCGGAGAACCUCUGCAUGGACGGAUGUACCAGCGACACGGGCAAGUUCACAGUCAAGGAAGCCCUGACACAAAAUCAGGUUUCCCUCACUGUGAACAGGGUGACUCUCAACGACAGUGCGAUCUACAUCUGUGGAAUAGUCCUUCCCCUUUCAAAGGAACCAGGAGCCAAGCGGACUGGAGAAGGGACCGUGCUGGUGGUGAAAGAAAUGAAGGGACCCCACAGUCUCCUGAUAGCUGUUCUCUCGCUGCUCUCUAUCUACAUUAUCGUCGUUCUCGGGAUCUUCGUGGUCCUCUCCAAAUCAAAACUUAACUCUCUAAGAAACAAAGAAACAGAAGACUCACCAAAGAAGAAGAGUGCUCGGCGUAUUUUUCAGGAAAUUGCUCAAGAAGUAUAUAAUAAGGGAAAUGUGGAAACAAGACAACAAUCUGAGAAAGGCAACACUUAUGAAUAAAGAAGAGCACUUUCGAACUAUGAAAAACCAUAGAAAUGUUUUAAUUUUCAAUUAAAAUCCAAAUCCGGAAGUUGUGACAGUGAUCAUGGACACACAGGGCUUUGCAAAAACAAUCACAAUAAAUGGAAAAGAUAAUUCUCUACAAGGAAGGAUGCUGCAGUACAAGGAAAUGAUCACUAAGAGUAAUUACCAAAAUAUUAAAACCCUAGAAAUACAACUGAAAAAUACUUUCCUAAUUUGCCAGGAGAAUUCUGAGUAGGCUAACAUUUUAAAAACUUCCAUUUUCGUAAUACAUAUCCUGUAUUUGGUUCACUCAAUAUAUGAGGUGCGUGAUGACUGUUACCCUGAAGAUUAGAAGUCACACUAUGUCCCUCCAUCUUGAGUGUAAGAAUUGUCUUUAUGGGUGUGACAGUGAUGGGCCAAUGAGACUAAGCUGGGAGGGAGGGAAGAAGACAGAAGUGAGAUGCCAGAGACUGAAUUAGAGAAGCCAUCUUAAAAAAAACAAAGAAAGAAAAAAAAAGAGAAAAGAGAAAUGAAAAAACAAAGAAAAGAAAGGAAAAGAAAAGAAAAAAAAAAAGAAAAGCCAUCUUGAAAAGGACUCGUAGAAGUAUUACUUCUUCUGGUAGGGAACAGAUAAGAAUAUGAGCUAAAAUACAGAAGAUCCAAUGCAGAAGGUCAGACAACCUCAGAGCAAAUAAGCCACAGUCGACUCUAGAUGUCAGUGUUGUGCCAAGUAACGGCAGCAGCGGAGCAGUGGGCAAGGCAGUACUGACUUUUACCCGAGUUAGGAGGGAAGCAUCAGAUUAAGGGUUGGGUGCAGCAAAGAUGUUUAUGGAAUCAUUCCAUCUCACCGAGAAAACAUGCUGUGGAUGGUUCUUUGAAAGAUACCUCACUGAAAAAUCCAUUUCAAGUGUGCAUUCAUUUUUGAAAAUGAAUUACAAUCUAUUUUUAUUUCA